AUGUCAGAUUCAGAUUCAGAGAUCGAACUUUCGUUAUCUUCUAAUGCUCUUGCAGCAUUGCAAGAAUUCAGACAAGAAGAGCAGGAAAGACAAGACAAGUUUCAACAAUUGUAUAAUAAGGCUGAUGAAGAAUUUGAACGAAACAAGAAGCAACAGGGUAUGAUGCUCUUUAAAGAAGACUGGCAACUCUCACAAUUUUGGUAUAGUGAUGAAACCGCUGAGAUAUUGGCUGAGUCAUUGUUAGAUGGUGCAGAUGAAGAUACUACUAUUGCGAUUUUAAGUGCACCAUCAGUUUAUGCUGCUAUUCAAAAAAUGGAAGAGGAUAAGAUUCCUACGAAAAACAUAUAUUUAUUAGAAUUUGACAAGAGAUUUGAACUCUUAGCAGGUUAUGAUUAUUUCGUUUUCUAUGAUUACACACAUCCGCUUGAUUUUGAUGGUAGGUUAAAAGGUAAGAUAGACAGGUUGUUAAUUGAUCCACCUUUUCUAAACGAGCACUGUCAAACCAAUUCGUCCAUUACUGCAAAAGCACUUUUAAAACCAGAAAACAAAGAAAAAACCAAACAUGGGUGUUUAAAGAACCGUUUAGUUUCUUGUACUGGUGAAAGAAUGGCAUCAGUUAUCAGUAAAGUCUACCCAGACACCAAAAGUACGUCUUUUUAUCCUGAACAUGCAAAUGGUUUGAGCAACGAAUUCAGAUGUUAUGCAAAUUUUGAAUGGAAAAAGUGGAAAUUUGUUAACUAA